AGUCACAUGACAGUAUCCGCACCGGAAGUACAAAAGUGUGACAAACAUAUGUGAAAUAUAACUUCGAUUUAUACUCUAAGCUGAUGAAAAAGAGCAAAAUGUCGUCUGUAAAGGUGGCAGUUCGAGUCAGACCUCUAAAUCAACGAGAAUUGGACAUGGGGAGCAGAUUUAUUAUUCAAAUGGAUGAUUGCAAAACAUCUAUAUUAAAUCCAAAGCUCUUGGAGGCCUCAAAUUUUAAUACGUUCCCCAGUGAUAAAUGUAAAGAAUUCACUUACGAUUAUUCGUAUUGGAGCGUCAGUAGAAGUGAGGUGCGAUUCGACUCUCAAGAAAAGGUUUUCAGUGACUUAGGUGAAGAUGUCAUAAAUUCCGCUUACGAAGGCUACAAUGCAUGUAUUUUUGCGUAUGGACAAACUGGAUCUGGUAAGACAUAUACCAUGACUGGAGCUCAGGAUGACGCCGGUCUCACCCCCAGAAUUUGUAAAGCUCUAUUUUCUAGAAUGAAAGAUUUGGACACAACAUAUCAAACAGUUGUAAGUUAUCUAGAAAUUUACAAUGAAAAAGUCAGAGAUCUGCUAAAACCUAAGUCGCAACAUUCUUUAAAAGUUCGAGAACAUCCGAAACAAGGGCCUUAUGUACAAGAUUUAUCAAAGCACAUUGUUCAGAAAUAUGAUGACAUUUUAGAGUUAAUGGAUUGCGGAAAUACUCAUAGAACUACUGCUUCAACGAAUAUGAAUGACACCAGCAGUCGAAGUCAUGCAAUAUUUACUGUCAAUUUUACACAGGCGAAAUUUACUGGUAACAUUCCUAGUGAAACCAGCAGUAAAAUUCACUUAGUCGACUUAGCCGGAAGUGAGCGAGCUGAUGCAACAGGUGCUACUGGACAAAGAUUGAAAGAGGGUGGUAGUAUUAAUCGUUCUCUAACGACACUUGGAAAUGUAAUUUCUGCUCUCGCUGAUCUGAGUGAGAAGAGUAAAAGAAAUGCUUUUAUCCCAUAUCGAGAUUCUGUUUUAUCGUGGUUAUUGAAAGAUAGCCUCGGAGGAAAUUCAAAAACAAUAAUGAUUGCCACAAUUUCUCCUGCGGAUGUAAAUUACGGCGAAACGUUAAGUACUUUGAGAUUUGCAAAUAGAGCCAAGAACAUUAUCAAUAAACCGACCAUAAAUGAAGACCCGAAUGUUAAAUUAAUAAGAGAUUUGAGAGCUGAGAUUGAGCGGUUGAAGUCUAUGAUUGGCUCUCAUAUUGAUAGCACAUCAAGUCCUCGUGUACAAGAAAAAUUACACGAAAAUGAAGCCAAGAUUAAAGAACUCACUGAAGAAUGGCAAGCCAGAUGGCAGAAAGCAGCCCAAAUAUUAAAAUCUGGUGGCGGAGCUCUUGAUUUAAGUAGACAGGGUACUGGCGUUGUCCUCCAUUCCAACUUACCCCAUUUGAUAGGGAUAGAUGAUGAUUUACUUUCAACCGGUAUUGCCUUAUUUGAGCUGAGGGAAGGAAUAAACAGAAUAGGUGUACAAAAUGAGAAAGUGCCGCCAGAUAUUGAGUUAAAUGGAGAUGAUGUUUUGUUUGAACACUGUACCAUCGAAAAUACAAAAAAAGGAUCUGUUUUCAUGCUUCCAAGUGAAGGUGCAAUUUGCACCUUAAAUGGUGAAACUAUCAUAAACCGCGUACAACUUAAACAAGGCGAUGUUCUCUGUUUUGGACAAGUUAAUGUCUUUAGAUUUAAUCAUCCGUCUCAAGCAGCGAAAUUAAGAGACGAAAUAAAGAACAGUCCAGCGCAUCAGAGAAGGUUGUCUACACUUGGACAGUCUAUGACGGAUUUAGCUAGAUCUUGUGAAAAUCUAAUGGCGUUUAAUCAAGAUAGUCCUGCUUUAGACGAGAAAUUAAAACGACUGUCAGUCGGUAUGGAAAUGAAUAAAACGAACAUAGAUAAAAGUUUGAAUAUAAGUACAAGCGACCUUAAGUCGGAGGAUCUCCUAAAUGAAAAUUUUGUUUCGAUAGAGAAGCACAUGGACGCUUUACAAAAGGAGAGAGAAAAACUAUAUUCAAAAUUAGUUUGUGAAAGAGAAAAAACUAAAGUUAUCGUGGAAAAAUUAGACGAAGAGUUAGUUGAAAAUGUUGAGAAACUUAAAAAAUGCGAAUACGAAGUUAUGGAGAAAGAGAAACAAUUGCGAAAUGAACGAGAAAAGGAAAGAGAAAUUAUUAAUCGUGAUAGAGAACACUUAAAAAAAAUUCUUAAUGGUGCUUUAAUCGACGAUGAGCUCGCUAAGGAAAUGGAUGUGGAAACUAAGUCCAAGUUACUCUCAGAGUUGCAAAUGAUAAAACAGGCUCAGGAAGAAUUGAAAGAGCAGGAGAGAUCUUAUUUACAACAGUUUAAAGAAAGUGAAGCAAGCGUUAUUUCGGAUUACGAACGCCAGCAAGAAGAACUUCAAAAGAGAAAGUCCAUACUUGAAGCUGACAGAGUAAUCUUAAAAGAAUGUGAAGAUAACCUUGAACAAUGGCAAGAGACUGAAGAUCAAGAGCUGGAAAAAGAAAUUUCAGCAAUUGAAACAGAACGCUUGCGUAUCGCUAUGGAGGCAAAACAACUUCAAGAUGAUGAACAUAGUGCGGAAAAACUUUACAAAGAUCGUCUUGAUCAAUUACAAAUGCAUAGAGAUAGUCAAAUUGAAAAAUUGAAUUCUGUGAGAGAUGAUGUCAAGGCUAUUGACACCGAACGUCAAGAUUUUGUUAAAGAUUUGUUACAUCGACUUGAUGAUGAAGAAAACAAAGUACGUCUUCGUCAAGAGGACGAUGUUGAGGAACUUAAAGAACUUGAAAGACGAUUAGAAACUGCAAAAAGGAUUACGAAAGGUCGCAAUAUUGAGAUUGAUAAAGAGAAAAAAAAUUUGGAGGAUAAACUAUUGACCAUUGAAGCAGAUCUUUUGAGCUCGAUGAAUGUUUAUGAGAGUAAGAUGGAUCAGUUGGCUGACAAUUCUCCAAUUGAAACAAUCGUUAAGAUUGAUCGAAGUCAGAAUGACGUAGUAUCAACUACCUCCAGCAGUGUUGAGAAUUUUGAUGAAGUUGCAAAUCGCAGAAGCGAAGAGCCAAUGCAAACGAGUUAUUAUACUUCUGAUAAUACAUCUGAUUCUGAACUAACAGUUCUGUCGUCCAUACCUGGAGAUAACGAUAGCAAUAGAUUGAGGCAUAUCAUUGAGAGAGAAGUUAGAAGACGACUUUUCGAAGAGAAGGUUCAAAUGGAAAAAUUGCGCCAAAAAGACAGAGAAAAAGAUAGACUAGAACGGCGUCAAGAGAUGAUACGUCUAAAAGAAACUCAUCGUAGAGAAAUAAAAAGGUUAAAAAACGGGGAAAAGUCUACUUGUACACAAGCUAAUCCCUUCGCAACGUCAAUGAUGCAGAACGGAGACGAAAACUGGAUAGAAAAAAGUUUAGAAUAUGAUGAGGAAAUUGAAAGAUUGGAUUUGUAUUCGAGUCAGGAAAAUCCUACGGAAGCGUUCCAAGUGCGAAUACCCUCAUAUAUAAAGAGAAGUUCUCGUUGGGAUCUUUAUUAUGAUUUCAUUAUCGAAUUACAAGUUGGAGAAGAACAAUGGUCGGUUUAUCGUCGUUAUACGAGAUUUAGAGAAUUUCAUGCAGAGUUAAGCUGCAAAUAUCCAGAAAUCAUGGUACUUCAACUUCCCCCUAAGAAAUGGUUUGUUAAUCUAUCAGGGAAAAUAGUCAAUGAAAGACAGAACCAGUUAGAGGACUAUCUUAGAAGCGUAUUAAGAAUGAUUCAAAAGAAUCCUGCUAGUCCUCUGCAUCCAAAAAACGUCAAGUAUUACUCCAAAUAUACUCUUACUAACUUUCACGAAUUCUUCCGUAAAGGUCUCUUUGAAACUACUAAACAUUCUACAACUUGA